AUGCUGUUCCCGAAUGCUAUGCACGUCCUCGGCUGGCUUGCAUUCAUCGCCUCCUUUUCGGAAAUCAUCUGUUCUCCGGUAGCACCUCAGCAACUCGAAGAGAGGCUCGCCUUCGAUUUGAAUGAGCUGCCUGGCGAUGUCGAACGAGCAGCGAGUCAAGAAAUAUUCCACACGAAUCCUCAUUCCUUUGCACCGGAAGCCCCAGUGUUUGGUAGCAGCUCUGGUGCCUUUCAACAGUACCGCGCUCGGCAAAUUUCUCGAUCAGGCACGCAAAAUUACAAGCGGCCACCCGCGGAGGCAUCGUCAAGCAGCUUUCCGGCGCUUGAGCGUUCUUCUACUCAUCUUCGAUCGACACAAGUCCUUCAGACCGUUGACGGAGAUAGGAAGCCCCGUUCCCCUUUCUAUGAUCUUGAUCUGAACUCAGCAGUGGCUGAUACUGUAGAAGGAGGCCGUGAUGCCACCAGGCCGGGCAAUGCUGUACGGGAGAUGGCUGUGCGAGAUCCGCGAGUUUUCUCAGGAGCCUUCUUCCGCUUAACUUUGAGUUCUGACCUCGACGUCACUCGCCUGAUCAACAGUCUCGAACACGGCGGGGCAGACGGCGAGGCAACAUCUGCUCGGCGCGAUUUCGUCCACGGAAAGAUCCCGAUGCCAGUCGAGAAGUUCUUUGCAACGUACUUCAGCGGACGGAAGUUUGCGAAACAAAUUCUACUUGGCCGCGGAGAUGGCGCCAGAAGCAUCUUUCUCUUUCCUUUCACGAUCACAAUGAAGAGGUACCAGCCAGUCGAUGGCCUACAAGAAUACGUGGCGGCCUGGGAGAUCGGACGGAUCGAUCGAGCCGGAUCCUUCGACAUGCAUUUCUACGGCUUUUACCCCUUCUCUCGAACCGCUUUCAAGAAUCUCGAACAUCGUCCGCAGUCAACGCACGAAAGCUAUUUCUUCUUUGCUCCAAGUCCAACGGCAACGGGGCAGCCGUUGACAAUCGUCAUUUCUAGAGUUGGAGGUGAGGUCGGUCUCGACACUAUCAAUGGCAUCGCUGUGGGGCAUGAAGGAACUCCAGACAUUCUUGCUCUUGUCGACUCAAGCCGACUACAACGCGCGCUUGCGAGUAGCACCCACAUUCCGGGUAGAUACCUGGCCAUGGCGCAGGAAUACCCUCUCGGAGAGCUUGGUCCUCUGAAGCGAUGGAUAGAGUCAUCUGACUUGCCUCAAAAAGCUUUCGUGCAGCGCAGACUCGUACCACCGCAGAUCGAUGAACUGCCCUUCGUGACCGAGCUUCGAUUCCGCAAAGAGCAGGAGGUGAAGAUCAUCACAAACACUGAUGGCGAGACGUACAUGCUGGAUUUUGCCGCAGGUCGUCGGUUUCCAGGAAUGAUGACGAUGUGGAAGUUUGGUCCAGUGCUCGACGAAGAUAGGAAAAGGAGGCUUCUUAUUCUCAAAGCUUAUUUCGCUACCGAUCGAGCUUCUUACAAUCAGCUGAGACCAGACACAGUGCCGGGUCUCCGAGUCACGCGGUUCCAAUAUGACAUGGACAGGAUUCCGUAG